AUGGCGGCGGCCGGGAGGCGCCCCGCUGAGGCCGCGGUGACCUUGGAGGACGUGGCCGUGCGUUUCUCGCGGGAAGAAUGGAGGCUGGUGGACGAGGCCCAGAGACGCCUGUACCUGCGUGUGAUGCUGGAGAACUUUGCCCUUGUGUCCUCUCUGGGUUGCUGCUGUGGAGCGGACGAUGCGGAAGCACAUGGUGAACAGAGGGUUUCUGUGGGCGUGUCGCAGGGGAAGAAUCCCAAGGCAGCCUCGUCUUCCCAGAGAAGACACCCCUGUGGGCGCUGCAGGCCGGUCCUGAGGGACGUUUUCCACUUGGUCGAGCAGCAGGGGACGCAGCACAGCCAGAAGCUGCUGAGGUGCGGGGCGUGUGCAAAACGGUUUUAUUUCCGUGUAAACUGUCACCCGCCUAAGGAGCAGCCCGUAGGAGAGGAACCCUUUGGAAAUAGUGCCGACACGGCCUCAUUCGCAAAAAGCUGCAGCACCCACAUGUCAGAGAAGACCUUUACCUCUGAGCAGGGUGAAAGGGACUUCCUGCCCAGCUUGGGACAACAGCAGCCGCAGCAGCUGACUCAGACCCGGGAGGAGAAAAACGAGGGAACUCUGUGUAUAACUCCACAAAGCAAAGCAAGCCUGGACACUUCCGGAGAAUGCAAGAAAGCUCUGAACCCCCAACACGUGCUUGUUCAGGACCAGAAUGUCCACACGGCAAGACGGUGUUUUGUGUCGGGUGAAUGCGAAAAACCAUUCAGGUACAAAUCCUCCUGUGUGAGGCGCCACAGAGUCCACACGGGAAAAGGCUUUCACGUGUCCGGCAAACGCGGGAAAUUCUUUCUCGGAAGCUCAACCCUCAGUCAGCAUCGAAACACUCAUGCGGGCCCGAGGCAGUACACGUGCAGCAAAUGUGGAAAAUCCCUAAGCCACAAGCCUGCCUUCCUUUAUCCCCGGGGACGGCACGGUGGAGAAAACAGUUACAUGUGCAGUGAGUGUGCCCAGUCUUCUGGUCCUGGCUCUGCGCUCGUUCGCUAUCCGAGAGUUCACACCGGAGGGAAGCCUUAUAAGUGUAACUGCUGUUCCAAGUCGUUCACCUCUGUGGCUGGUCUCAGUUAUCACCAAAGCGCUCACACGGGAAAAAGACCGUAUGUGUGCAGCGACUGUGGCAAGUCUUACAUCACUCCCACGGCCCUUCGCUAUCACCGUCGGGUUCACACCGGAGAGAGGUCUCACGACUGCGGCGAGUGCGGGAAAUCCUUCAACAACCGGUGGAAACUCGUGCGGCACCAGAGGAUUCACACGGGAGAGAAGCCUUACGCCUGCGGCAGGUGUGGCAAGGCUUUCACCAACAGCUUCACCCUCCGGUACCACGAGCAGGGCCACCUGGGGACGCGGCCGUACGAGUGCGGCGAGUGCCGCAAAUCGUUCACCACGAGCUCCGGCCUCCGCUACCAUCUCAGCCUUCACGCGGGGACCAGGCCCUACACCUGCAGCGAGUGCGGCAAGUCUUUCAUCUGCCGCUCCACCUACCGUUCCCACCAGAAAACUCACUCGGGAGAAAAGCCCCACGCCUGCCGUGACUGCGGGAAAUCCUUUACCCGUCGGAGCAGCCUCCUGUAUCACCAGAGGGUUCACACGGGAGAAAGGCCCUUCGAGUGCAGUGACUGUGGGAAGUCCUUUGCCAGGAUCUACGCCCUGCACUGCCACGAGAGGGUUCACACGGGAGAAAGGCCUUACGCGUGCAAUGAGUGCGGGAAGUCCUUUCCCACAAGCAGCAGCCUCGGGAAACAUCGGAAGGUUCAUCCGGGAGCAAGGCCGGGCGAGGGGGGCGAGGCUGGGAAAUCUUUUGCCAGCGGCGACCUCUUCCGUUACCAUCCUAGAGUCCACGCAAGGGAAAAGCCUUUCCCGUGCAGCCAGUGCGGGAAGUCUUUCUCCUCGGGCUCCUCCCUCCGUUACCACCAGCGCGUCCACACGGGAGAGAGGCCUUACGCGUGCGGCGAGUGUGGGAAGACGUUCGUCUACGGCGCCAAACUCCGUUACCACCAGCGCGUCCACACGGGCGAGAGGCCUUACGCGUGCGGCGAGUGUGGGAAGACGUUCAUCUACAGCGCCAAGCUCCGUUACCAUCAGCGGGUUCACGCGAGCGAAAAACCUUACACGUGCGGUGAGUGUGGGAAAUCGUUUAUCUACAGUUCUACGUUUCGUUACCACCAGCGAGUCCACACUGGCGAGAGGCCUUACAAGUGCAAUGAGUGUGGGAAGUCUUUUAUCUAUGGCUCCAAACUCCGUUACCACCAGCGAGUUCACGUGGCAGAGAGGCCGUAA